CUGAUUCUCGCCGGCCUUUUCGGUAACUUCUCGUUCUCAUCCUGACACGUUAUGAUUCAUCACUUUCUCAUUCUCGGUAACUUCAGUCCAUUCUCAUUCACUUGGACGUGGUCUGAAUAUGCAGACUCGCUUUCGCAGACACAACAGUGAUUCAAAUGAAGAACCGCCACUCAGGUCAAGAUCUCACUCGGAAUAUUCACACAGUCACUGACUGGAUCAACAAAAAGUAAGCGAGCAACUCCUAUUGUCAGAUGACAUUCUUUCAAGGAAAUGGAAAACUAUCCUCAAAGCGCAAGGUUUGCAAGUCGUUUGAGUGUUCUUCGGACGAAAGUGACUUCAUCUGGUUCUGCUUUUGAACGUGCUGCUUGACCUUGUUCUGAUGGUGGUCGGUGCAAAAUAGUACUAGUUCUUCCUCCUGUACCAGUUGCUAUUUGCUAUAACUAUGUAAACCUGACUAAAAAACUGAAAAAUAGAAUAAUCCGAACAACGUUCAUCCGCGCCUUCCACUCGAUCUAGCUCCACCUGUUAGGACAUACUUGUUCACGCCCCAAGCGGCGACUAAUCCAAGCCCGAGUCCGAUCACGAGUUUACCGAUCUCCCAUCCCCACGAUGUGCCUUCUUCUUCUACGGCGGCUUCAUCUUUCUUCCCGUCUUUGCCUUCUUCUGGCUUCUUCUCUCCUUCAGGUGGGUUGAGGAAUUAGAGGACGAAGUUCGGGCUCUUACAUCGAUAAACCAUUGCGUUCUACUUCUUCAUCUUCAGAUUCUACUGGUACAACUAGUCGGGAGAUCGAUAUGAUAUAAGAGAAAGAGUGGUCAAAAAUAUUAGGUGAAGCUGUAUUGACGACCACCAGCCUUAAUCUUUGCUGCCCUCGCCCUCGUCUUUCUUCUGUUCAUCUCCUGGUGGAGAAGACUCAUCUUUCUUCUCCUCUUCCUUCUUCGGAGUCUCCUUGUUUGCUGCAGGCUCGCCCUCAGAAGUCUUCUUUUUCUCAGAGGAAGUUCCCAAGUGGUCAGCAACAUCUACCAUCUCCUUCGUCAGUACUUGUUGCUCCACCUCUCCUUCUUUCAUCAACGUCGUCUCAUGCUGCUCCAAUUGCUGCUGUUGUGUGUAAGAAGAUGGGCUAG